UCUUGUUUUGAGAGUUCUUUCUCGUGCCUCUCCAUCCCCUGCUUCUCUCUUCCCCGUUCCUUUCAGGUUGGACGCGGUUCCUUCCUUCCUCUCUCAACGCACGCUUCAUUGCAGCCGUCGAACAGCGAGGGAUGGAGCCGGCCAACAUCGACUGGAAGAACAUCGAGUCGAGGUCCGUCCGCGACGAGGCCUACGAGAACAUCAACGCCCCCAAGUGGCUCGAUCUCGCCGCUCCCGAGGCGUCACCCGUAGACGACGACGCCUGGUUCUGCAGACCAGAUUGCAAGCACCCGAAAACCGCCGAAGAUUUCAAGCUUUUGGCGACACCUAGCCCCAAGGCGAAGCUGAUGCGGUCGAGCUCGGAGAGACUGCCUCUCGGUGAGAGGAACGGCACUCGUAGAGACGAGAACAACCUGAAGAGAAGAGCAGGGAUCGCUGCUCCAUUGCUGCCGGUAUCUCCUCACAAGCCAAAAGCCGCCGCUUCAAAGAAGUUCAGAGAGGAUCUUGAAAACCAAGACCCGAAUCAGUCGACACUGCAACGUCCAAGCCGCCCGCUCGGUGCUCCGAAGAGGUGUAACACUGCGAAAGAGAUGAUCAAGUCGAGCGCCGAGAAGAAGGUCGAGGAGCAGAGGGAGGAACCCAAGCAAAAGAAGGCCCAACCCCGGCUGAAGAGCACAUUGUCUGCCAGCAAUCUUUUCUCCGGGAAGGAUAUCUUGAAUCAGAUCUCCGAGUUCUACCACGAGAUCAAGAAGAUGGCGAUCGGACGCGGGAGGACUCCAGCAGAAGAGACCAAGAAGGAGGUCAAGAAGGUUGCCGACAUCGUUCCCGAAGCAGAGGAUACGAAGCUACUGACUCCAAAGAAAGACGAUGCAUCAGUGAAGAAAAGCAGCAAAAUGGCUGUGAGGAUUGAGAUCGAGAAAUCAACAGCACUCAAAGAAGUAAGAGCUUAUCCUCCAACGCCGCAGCGGUUCACUUCACCGUCGAUUCGCAGUACAAGGAAUCCAAAGGCCACUGCCACAGGCAGAUCCCCUCUCAACAAGCCUCCGAAAUCAGCAACUCUGCAGAAGGUGAUCCAGCAGGAGAUGGAGCAAGACAAAGAGGAGAAGACAGCAAUAUUACCUGUAAAGGGUGAAGAUUGCAACAGAGCUGCUGCUGCUGCUGAUACUGAUACUGAAGAAGGGAGUUCAGCUGAUUUGUUUUGGUUCUUAAAGCCUUGCACUUAUCUGGUAAAGUAGCUCUGAUGGAGCUUUCCAAAGAGACUACUAUGGUCACUGUCCAUGUUUCUGUUAAGUCCUUUGAUUCAUUUAAUUAUAUAGGGUAAAGAAUUGCAUUCAGCCUGUAGCAGAAUAAACAUGUGAACUUACAAGUGUAAUUAAUUAGGUGCAUGUGAUCUAAAUGAUACCUGAGAUCAAGUUCUUUUUCUC